UACAUUUUUGAAAGUUACGCGCUAUAAAAUAAAAAAAUCUAAAUUUUUAAUAAAUAUUAGGUAUUAUCUACGCCAAAAUGUUAACCAAGGAAGAUGUUGAUAGUUGGAAUAAGUUGUUUCCAGAUUGUCAAAUAAAUAAAACAACUUUAAGCAAUCCAACUGAACAUUUUCUUACCAAUGCACUGGUGGGCUAUUUGAGGCACUUUGGCUACAAGAUAGAGCCACCAUUUAAUCUUAACGCUGAAAAUAAAGAAAACAAUAGAGAAACUCGAUUAUUUCUCAUUAUGUUAGCCCGACAGAUUGAUCAUUUCUUAAAAAUCACAGAUAAAAUCUAUUCAUUUACCUAUUACGAUUUAAUACGGCCAACUCCUAAGAAGACGGCGCACAUGCUGUAUAUACUUCUUAAUUAUUAUUACUACUACAAUCUGUAUAAGGAGAGUGUUUUUAAAAUGGCCCAUGAAAGAAUACACAAAUUGGAGGAGUUGAGGGGCCUUGUUGAUGAUAAACGUCGCGAUAAUGAGCGUAGACGAGAAGAAAACAAAAAUAUGAAGUCGACAAUAGAGAAUUUAAUGGAAGAGGUUCCUAUGGCUCGUACCAAACAUAAAGAACUAGAAAAGAAAAGUUUUCAGCAGGAGGAAGAAUUCAAAAAACUGAAUAACACCUAUAAAGAACUUAAGGAGAAACUGAAUCAUUUGGAAGAGCAAAAGAAAAUUUUACGUAAACGUGUUGUUGCCGAUGACGAAUCUAAGGAGUUGCACAAACAACUGCAGCAGCUUAAAUUGGAAAUAGCCGAACAAAAGGAAAUUGAAUUAUCGAAUGCCUCGAAUUUGAAUGAGUGCAAAGAUAGCUAUGCAAAGUUACAAAAAUUAAGUAAAGAAAUUGAAAAAGCCAAUGAAAUUAUACCAUUACGUUUGAUAAAACAAGUGCAAGAAACCAAUAAGCAGUUGUCACGAGCUCAAAAAGAGGAGCACGAUUUACAACGCCAACACAAAGGCUUACUGCAGGAAAUUGAGGAAGAGAAUCAACCCAGAUGUUCCCUGGAACAGGAAGAACAAAAUAAAAAACAAGAAUACGAAUUCAAACAACAGGAGCACAUGAAGACACUAAAUGCUAAACAAAAUAUGUUGGCACAAAAAAUUAAGCAAAAAACACAAUUGGAGGAAGAGGAGCACAUUUCGGAGUGUCAGCUGGAAGAGCAGAAAGAUAUAGCCCAGUACUUGGUGGAAAAUAUUUCGGAGAUUUUGGAAUCUUAUGAAGAUUAGUCGAGUUGUUUUAAUUUUCAUUUGUUUUAUUUAUAUUAUUUUCAAAUAAACUUACAAAAACUGCUUAAAUUACAAA